AAUGGAGAUGAAGAAGAUCGCUUGUGCUGUGCUCUUCGCCGCUGCCUCACUUAGUGCAGUGUUGGCUGAUCACCAUCAUCAUACGAGCUCACCAGCUCCUGCACCUGCACAGGCUGCACCUGCACCUGGACCAAGCAGUGGAGCCUCAGCUGGCUUGCCUGUUGUUGGUUCUUUGGUUGGUGCUUCUCUUGUGUCAUUUGUGGCCUACUACUUGCACUAG